GGAGAUGAAAGGUGAAGGAGAGAAUGGAAAGGUGGUGGUGAUGGGACGUGCAGAGAUUGACCUAAGACCUCCCUUCAAAUCUGUAAAAGAAGCUGUUUUGUUGUUCGGAGAAAGAGUCUUGGUUAAGGAAAUUUAUGGCUUCAAGCUCAAACAGAUGCAAGCUGCAGCAGGCACUGAAAAUGGAGGUUCUCAGAAGACAAGAAUUGGAGCCCUAACGGCAGAGCUUGAAGAAGGAAGGCAAAGCCUGCAAAAAACAAGAGAAGAAAUCACCAGAAUGUCGACCACCACACGGACUCUCAAACAAGAGCUUCAAGAGACGAAGAAAGAGCUGAAAUUGAUGAAGGCUAAAAGGUAUUUAAAUAAUCUAAAGCCUGAAAAAGUUGACAAAGACAACAAUGAUGACGAUAAUGAUCCAGAGAUCGAAGACAUCAAGUUCGUUGAAAAUGCUAUCCCUAAAGAGGAAGAAGAAUGUGAACAGAAAAGGAGAUAUGUAACUUUUGCGAGCCCUCCUGGUUUGACUCAUGUGAUUGUUGGGAAAGAGGAAAUGGAAACAAAGAGAUGGCCGUUUGAUUGGGGUAAUAAGAAGAAGAAGCCACUGACGAUGAGGCCUAUAAUUGGAUGGCUUUUCUCUGUAAAAAAAUCAAGUGGUCAAGAAGUAGUAGUGAUGAAUUCUCCAAAGAGGAAAUGAGAUCAUAGAUAUAUACUGCUGAAGGAGGGAUUGAAUUCAUUGAUUAUUUUUUUUUUCUUCAGUUUAUAAGAAUAAAGAUUGUGAAAUGGAUUGAGACCUGCUGGUCUAGAGUGAUAAGUUGUAAGCAUGCACUUUGGAAGUUGAAUAAAUAGCAUCUAAAUAACAGAAAA